AUGGCGACGAAUAGCUCUAGACUCGCCUCCUCCACCCCGCAUACAGAUUGCCAUGUCACUUCCAACCUCCCCGAACGCCCUAGACGACCCCCCGCUCUCCAGGGCUUCGACCAGCUAGUCCCUGCACAUCCGGGCCUGGAACAGCUCGACGAUUCCACCACCAUCCUCGCCUACGCGCUCACCUAUCUCGACGGCGACGCAGGAAUUCCUCGCUCGAUACUGGCGCGAGCGGGACGCUCGCUCAGAACGUGGGGGUCGAAUGGAGAACCAGCAACGGUGACGCCCGAAGAAGCUGGCAUUGAGCCGACGUUAUCGGCGCUGCUCUCAAGUCCAGAACAGCUGCAGACUGCCAUUAACCGGCUUAAGGACUCUGGUUUGGUGGAUAUGGAUGGCGAUGGCGGUGUUUUGUGGAUGCAUGCCGGUACGCGGGCUAGGUGUAAGCUGUUGCUGCAAUACCCGAAUCGCUGGAUGGUCCAGGCUAUUCUGCUAGUGUGCCAUGCCUUUCCUCGAGAUCGGUAUUUGGAGGAGGACUUUAAUGACCUAGGCCCGGCUUAUAUCGCUCAGGUCCGACAUGUACUCCAACAUUAUGAUGCACUCGACGCAGUAGACCAUGUUUCUCUGCCAAUCCAGCAGACUGUGGCGUAUACUCUAGUCGCUAGCUCGGUUCUAUCGAUAAGGGUUUGGAAGAUCGCUGCUCUCGAGCGGGCCGAAGAGAUUGCUGCUGGCUUUGAAGUUCGUGAUGAAUGCCUUGAUAGGAUGAUCAUGGCAAGGAGAACCGAGAUAUUCCGUCCCAAAGAUUCAUCCAUGACGGCCAGUCUGAUGGAUCUCCCCACGACUAAUAACCAGCUGAAUGCGCUUUCCGGGGAGAUCUUUUUGAUCCUCUCUGCUGAAUAUCUCCAAAAUAAAGGAGAUUUAGAUAUGGCAUUUCAACUUCUGCAGAACGUCCAGCCUAUGAAUCGAAACCAUAUCUCGACGCUGGAAGAACUUGUUUUACAAAAAAAGGCAAUUGUUCUUGGGCGGAUUCGUCGUUUUGAGGGAAAUUUUGAAGAAGCCCGCCAAGUCCUGGAAGCGGUUUAUUAUAAUUCAGCGUUAUUCCCCGAAGGCGUUGUCGCCGUCAGUUCGUCAAACUGCGAUUUAGUAUCCCAUCUCGCCGCAACACUCUGCGAACUUGGCAAUCCCACCCAGGCUGAGAUGCUCCUAUCCGCGAAACUCGACAUCAUCCACACUUCGAGUAAACGAAAGGGCAACCCAGCCCUCCGGCUCCGUCUCAGCCUAGCCGAAGCAGUCCUCCAGCAAGGAGAGUACUGGCGCGCCCAGGACAUCUACUGGGAUCUUACGCGGCACAUUGGAAUUUCGCAGGGGCAGCAGGACUCGAUGAGCGUGUGCCGGCUGAAUAUCGGCCUCGCACGCGUUCAGCAUGUGCAGGGCAACUGGAUCGCGGCGCUGAAACACUGGGAGCGCGCAUUGUGGGUGUACGACAAUAAUCCAGGCAUCAAAGGGUUUGGCACGGUGGUUGUGUACGCCUCGAUUGCUUUCGUCAAACGUCAAAUGGGCGAUGUGCAUGGCGCAACUCGGUACGAAGCGCAGGCUCGCGAAUUGUUCCGCCAGACUGGCCGCAGAUACUGGUUCACCAGCCUUGGGACUGUGUGGCUUGAUCAGGUCAUGCCUGGCCUAGACGAGCAGAAAGACAUUAUUCGAAGUAGCGAAAGUCUUCUUCCCAUCGACGAAACUUCUUCCGGCGUUAAUUAA